CAACACAAUCAAGCUUUUCCUCUUAUUCUCCUAUUAUCCAAGUGAAGAGACCAUGGGAAUGAACCAUUUAAUCUUGGCCCUCGUCUCCCUUUCCUGUCUCUUCUCCUUCUCUACUUCUACCUCUACCCCUCCAUCUUAUUCCUAUCAUUACUCUUUUUCUCACUCAUCAUCUUCAGCUCCAUCUGCAGCAUUUAAUGUUCAUUUUCCCAAAUCUUCCGGAACUCGAAUAGACCAAACAUUUAAUAAAUUACCUACAUUACCUACCAAAAAUGUUGACCCUGGGCUUCAGCAAAUCUGUAAAGACACUGACCAUCCUGUAGAGUGUAUAUCAAAUAUUGUUCCAUUCCUAGGUCAUAGUAAAUUUGUUGCAGAACCCGUAUCUGUCCUCAAACUUGAGAUUCAAGCAAUGGAUAACAAGGUUAAGGAAGCCAUAGACAAGGCUACGAAACUUAUGCAAGAUCACUCUACCCAAAAAAUGACUGCUUCUUGCCUUGAAACAUGCUUGGAUAGCUACAAAUCCAUCCUCGAUAGCGAUAAGAGAGCCCUUGAUGCUCUCUCUUUGCAUGACGUUUACCAAGUAAGCAUGGAAUUAAGUUCCAAUAUCGAGAAUGUACAAACUUGUGAGGAUGCAUUUCUAGAAGCCAACCUCAAAUCGCCGAAUAUACAAAUGGAUUCAGUGAUACGAAAGAUGAUUAGCAAUACUUUAGCCAUUGGUGUCGAUAAGGUCCACUUUUAGAGUAAACAAAGGAGAUUAAGCCUAGAAGUUAUUAGUUUGAUUUGUAGGCCUUAGUUAAUAGAGGAUAUUAUGUAUUUAUAUCCUCUCAUUUUAAAAGCCUCUAAUGGUUCCUUAAUUAUUAGUGAUUAUUAACCCUUCAUCUUGUUUACAAUUUCUUUGAAGGGUUGUUUUUCAUUUUUCAUUUUAAUGUUAAUUUUCCAAUGGGCCAUUGUGUUUUCUUCUUCUUUGCAAUAAGGAAUAUUGAGAUUUUUUUAAAACCAUUUAUUAAAGACCAACAUUUAAAAUUUUAUAGUUUAUGUUGAUUGAGUCUUAACUCGAUUGGUAUGAGCAUUUUUACUAAUGUAGGAGGACAUGGGUUCGAGUGCAUUAAAGUGCAUUAUCUUUUUAUUUAUGGGUUUGAGAGGGAUUAUAGGUAGUUCUUAUCGUUGUAUUAAAAAUAUAGUAGAUAUGAUAAAAACUUCAUUCUAUAUUUCACCCAACUUAUUAUAUGUUCAAUAAUUUUAUCUCUCAAUCCAUAAUAUAUUUUUCAUAAUGAUUCAAUUU